AUGAAGCGGACGUUGAAGUCGACCAAAUCGAGGGGCGGAUGCCAGAGGUGCAAGGCAUCUCGUGUGAAGUGCGAUGAGACGAAGCCGGGAUGCAAGGUCUGCUUUGCAAAUGGCGUUGACUGUCCUGGAUAUGCAAAGCAGCUUCGGUGGUCGAACAAACAUGAGAUGUUCGGCAGCCACCCAAAUAAACAGGCGAAGUACUCGCCCACUAAGGAGCCCGUACAGAAACCCCCUAUCGCAACCAGCUCGGCGGCGGUGGCGGCGACGAAUUCAUCAACACCAACAAGCGCAGUACCCUCGCCGUCACCAAGCUCCGUCACCCCGGUGACUGCCGCCGAGGGCCAUCCUCUGGCAUGGCCCAACUUCGAGGAGCUGUGCGGGUACGAAGACUUCGGCUUCUCAGCACCUCUACUCGAGCCCAGCUUUCAUGCCGAGCCAGACAUGAACUUUGGAGAUCUGUUCGCCGCGAACCUGGGCCAUGCCUUUCCCUCGGCGCCCGCCGGGUUUGGUGGCAACCCCCGCGUGGAGAAUGCUGAGGAGCGUGAUUACCAGAUUGUCUCGCCAUCAAAGCCGUCCCAAAAACGACCAGCUAAGUCUUCUGCUUUACUGCAAACUUACUACAGGAUGUCUAUGCCUUCGGAUGUGCCCGGUUUCUCAGACCAAGAUCUCAUCAAUCAUUAUUUCAACAGUGUUUGCGCCAUCUACUCUUGUUACGAUUGUGAGACCAACCCGUUUCGUUCACUUGUGGCGAGUCUUUGGCAGAGCGAUAAGACAAUUUAUGUUGCAAUACAAAGCAUGGCAAUGGCUCAUCUGGCGAAUUGGUACCCCUGGCUUCAGCCGCUCAGUCUGACAAAACGUUCUCAAGCGUGGAUGUCACUGCAAAAUGAUUUGAGGUUGCUAAGAACCGGCAAGCGAUCAACCGACAGCGUUAUGCUGAGUCUGCUACUACUGGGACCCUCAGCAUCAUGGCAUCAAGCCACUGCCCUCGGUCUGCAAUAUCUCUUGAUCGCUCGCAACCUGCUUCAGUCCAAUUUACAGCUCAACAAGGAGCUGGACGAGUUCUACAUCAACGCCAUGAUGUACUGGGAGAUGUGCGUCAGCUUCGUGGAUCCUGUACCAUCCCUACCGCUAUCUGGCGUCAAAGAGCCGAGAUUCGAUCUGGAGGCUAGUGGAGACGAAAUCCACCCACACAGCUGGACGGGUGUUGCCAAUGAGGUCUGCUUCUUGCUGGCUGAGAUCGGUCGUGUACUUCGACGGCAGCGAGGGUCACCCACUGCAUUUGAGCAAUUCUAUCACAUCGAGCGGGAGUGGUUUCAGAGCUUGGAGCGGUCACUACAUGCCAUCAGGAUCCCCGACGUUGACGCUGUUGCUGAUCUUGGUGACUCCAGGACGAGCAAAGACGAUCUCAUACGCUGUGCUGAAGCUUUGAAGUAUGUCGGACUGCUAGAGAUAUACAGCAUGUUUCCGGACAUUCUGUCAGAACGCAUCUCCAAUGACCUCGGCUGUCUUUCUACGAUUGAGCAGUUCGAACCAUUGGAAAGUGCAGAUGGUUGGCUUAUUGCGGUGGCGCUCCACAUCCUCAACGCCGUCAAACCGAUCUCAAUAUCUUCAGCUGCAUGUCGCCUAUUCCCACCGAUACUGCUCUCAGCGUCUAGCCAGGUACGAAUAGACCCUGACUGCAGUCCUGAGUGUCGCGAAAGAGUGGUCGACGCUCGAUAUACUGUGGAGGCGAGAAUGCUCCUACUGUCAAGGAAAUACCCACAACGACCAUUUCUACAGAUGAUGGAUGUGGUGAAAGAGGUCUGGGAGAGAUUGGACAAUGAAACCAGUCAGCCGCACUGGAUGAAUGUCAUGCACGAAGGCGGACUCUUAACGCUAAUAUGCUAG